GGUUUGACCAGUCCUCCUGGGCUUGACAAGACAGAGCUGAGACAGCUACCCAGGGGGUCCACUCCAGGACAGACUGUGCCGCCUGAGAGUGCAGAGGAUGCAUCUUAUCGACUACCUGCUCCUCCUGCUGGUUGGACUACUGGCCCUUUCUCAUGGCCAGCUGCACGUUGAGCAUGAUGGUGAGAGUUGCAGUAACAGCUCCUCCCACCGGCAGAUUCUGGAGACAGGUGAGGGUUCCCCCAGUCUCAAGAUCGCCCCUGCCAAUGCUGACUUUGCCUUCCGCUUCUACUACCUGAUCGCUUCGGAGACCCCGGGGAAGAACAUCUUUUUCUCCCCGCUGAGCAUCUCGGCCGCCUAUGCUAUGCUUUCCCUGGGGGCCUGCUCACACAGCCGCAGUCAGAUCCUCGAGGGCCUGGGCUUCAACCUCACAGAGCUGUCUGAGUCCGACAUCCACAGGGGCUUCCAGCACCUCCUGCACACUAUCAGCCUCCCCGGUCAUGGGCUGGAAACACGCGUGGGCAGUGCUCUGUUCCUGAGCCACAACCUGAAGUUCCUUGCAAAAUUCCUGAAUGACACCGCGGCCUUCUAUGAGGCCAAACUCUUCCACACCAACUUCUAUGACACUGUGGGCACAAUCCAGCUUAUCAACGACCACGUCAAGAAGGAAACUCGAGGGAAGAUUGUGGAUUUGGUCAGUGAGCUCAAGAAGGACGUCUUGAUGGUGCUGGUGAAUUACAUUUACUUCAAAGCCCUGUGGGAGAAACCAUUCAUUUCCUCGAGGACCACUCCCAAAGACUUCUAUGUUGAUGAGAAUACAACAGUCCAGGUGCCCAUGAUGCUGCAGGACCAGGAGCACCACUGGUAUCUUCAUGACAGAUACUUGCCCUGCUCAGUGCUACGGAUGGAUUACAAAGGAGACGCAACUGUGUUUUUCAUUCUCCCUAACGAAGGCAAAAUGAGGGAGAUUGAAGAGGUUUUGACUCCAGAGAUGCUAAUGAGGUGGAACAACUUGUUGCAGAAGAGGAAUUUUUACAAGAAGCUAGAGUUGCAUUUCCCCAAGUUCUCCAUUUCUGGCUCCUAUGUAUUAGAUCAGAUUUUGCCCAGGCUGGGCUUCGUGGUGUUCUCCAAGUGGGCUGACUUAUCUGGCAUCACCAAACAGCGAAAACUGGAGGCAUCCAAAAGUUUCCACAAGGCCACCUUGGAUGUGGAUGAGGCUGGCACCGAGGCUGCAGCAGCCACCAGCUUUGCGGUCAAAUUCUUCUCUGCCCAGACCAAUCGCCAUGUCCUGCGGUUCAACCGGCCCUUCCUUGUGGUGAUCUUUUCCACCAGCACCAAGAGUGUCCUCUUUCUGGGCAAGGUCGUCGACCCCACGAAACCAUAGCCCUCCCAGGGCUGCUCAUCUGUUCCGAGCAGGAGGAUACGGCAGGGGAGGGCUGGGUGUGAGUAGUUCUGUGUUUAGAGUAGGGGACGAGGAAGACGCCGAAGGUCCAGGAGUCCAGGACAGCAGGUGCUGGCCCGUGGGGAGUGGGGAGCGGCACUGAGAUGGGCAGGGCCUGGACAUUCCACACCCUGGCGCUGUGCAGCCUCUGGCAGAGCAUCCAACCUCUUGGAGCAAGUUUCUGCCUCUGGAAAGGGGGCGGGCCCUUUCCACAACAGGGUGGUUGUUCCGAGUAAACAACACGAUGCCA